CAUGGGCCAGCUGUGUGUCCCUGCCCUCGGCCUCACCAGGCCUCACCUGGAGUGCUGUGCCUGCUCUGGGCUCUCCAGUCCAAGGGAGAUGAGGAGCUACUGGAGAGAGCCCAGGGAAGGGCCACAAACACGGUGAAGGAACUGGAAUCUCUCUCUCAUGAGGAAAAGCUGCGAGAGCUGAGAUAGUUCAGCCUGGAGAAGGUGCAGGGGCACCAGACUCUCACCACAGGGCUUGACAAGCCUAAGGUUAAACUGGGGGGUUUAAGGCCACCAAAGUGGCUGACAUGCCAUGAAACAGGGGCUUUCCCCCUCUGGGGUGUUCGCUGUCCUCACUAGGCAACAGCCGGGGUGCCACAGGCUCCUGCAGUCGGUACAUUUGGCCCUGGCCUCCUGCAAGUGCCACACGCAGUGUGUGACCUCCAGCAGGACCGUGGCCCUGCGCUGGCAGUGCUGCCGCUGUGCAGAGACGUGGCCUGUGCGGGGGCUGCGGGUCCUGCAGGGGCUGUCCCAGCACCUCAGCUUGAGGAGGGCACCACUGAGGGCUCCCAGACAGCUCCUCCUUCCCUGACCGCCUCCUGCAGAACAUGGCACCCGGAGCCGAAGAGGCUCUGCAGGAGAGCGGCUCGGCCACGACGGCCGGUACGAGCCAGAGGCAGUGGGAGGCAGUGGCAGAAGGCCUGUGCCCCAUCUGCCUGGACAACAUGGACGACACAGCCCACAUCAUCCCCUGCCUGCACACCUUCUGCUUCGGCUGCAUCCAGCAGUGGGCUGCCGUGCACGCCGUGUGCCCGCUCUGCCGGCAGCACUUCAGCCGCAUCCUGCACAUGGUGAGAGCGGACGACGACUACCAGGAGUGCGUGGUUGCCUCGUCCUCCCGCCAGCAGAGUCCCGCAGCCAGACAGAGGGUGCGCAGCAGAUCCCCACAGUGGCGCUACCACCUGCGCCCACGGCCCAACAACAAUCCCACUGCUGGGAGAAGGGGGCCGGCAGAGAGGGACUAAGGGAGGGCUCCAAGGAACUCCGACACCUCUGCCCCACAGACUGCAGGGGGAUGCUAAGCCAGCCCUGCCGAUGGACCUGUCAUCCACUUGGACUUGCUGAGAGCGCAGCUUAUGGCCUUCAUGCAACGUGAAUGAACAUCCACAAUCUUUCCAGAGCGUGCAUCUUUCAAAACCACUUGGUACACUGCACAUGAAUCCACUAAUUGCUAUUCUUACUAUUAGUCAUAGUAGCAUUGUUAUUGUUAUUGUUAAAAUUAUUAAAGUGUUCUUCUCUUAACCCA